ACAGCCACAUAGCAAUAGGGAAAUCAAUAUUUUCUGGCAAAGACCUGGAAAUGGAGUUUAACAAAAUGAGUUGGGUCUUAGCUUUUCUAGGGUUUAUGUUCCUGGGUAGGAUUUGCAAGGCUGAUGGCGCUACCCAUUUUUAUGAUUUUGUUCUACAAGAAACAAAUUUUACAAGGCUUUGCAGCACAAAGAGCAUCCUAACUGUGAAUGGCAGUUUGCCUGGGCCGACCAUCACUGUUCAGAAAGGAGAUACUGCUUUUGUCAAUGUCCACAACCAAGGAUUGUACGGUCUCACAAUUCAUUGGCAUGGAGUGAAGCAACCAAGAAAUCCAUGGUCAGAUGGACCUGAGAACAUAACUCAGUGCCCUAUUCCAGCAGGAACAAACUUUACGUACGAGAUUAUCUUCUCGACUGAGGAAGGAACUUUAUGGUGGCAUGCUCAUAGUGAUUGGUCACGUGCCACUGUCUACGGUGCCAUCAUUAUUCUACCGGCUGCCAACACAACUUAUCCAUUUGCAACGCCAGAUGCACAAGAAACACUAAUUCUAGGAUCCUGGUUCAAGGGAGAUGUGAUGGAAAUAAUUGAAGAUGCCCUUGCAACAGGUGGCGAACCAAACAUUGCAGAUGCCUUCACAAUCAAUGGACAGCCCGGAGAUUUGUAUAGUUGCUCUAACGAAACAACAUAUCGUUGGUUGGUUGAUUUUGGCAAGACCUAUCUUCUCCGUGUAAUCAACGCAGUGAUGAACGAAGAAAAGUUUUUCGCCAUUGCCGACCACAACCUGACAGUGGUAGCUCAAGAUGCUGCAUACAUAAAACCUAUAACCACCCCUUAUAUCAUGAUAACUCCAGGCCAAACCAUGGACAUUUUAGUCACUGCAAACCAGCCUCCCAGCCACUAUUACAUCGCUGGUACUUCUUUUGUUGACGGGAAUGUUGCAUUCCACAACGGCACCACCACUGCAAUUCUUGAAUACAACGGAAACUACAGCACCCCCUCAACCACUCCCUUCCCGACUCUUCCAGAUCACGAUGACGACACAGCUGCUGAAAACUUCACUAAGCAAGUGAGGGCCUUGGCAAGCAAAGACCACCCUAUUAGUGUCCCCUUAAACAUCUCAACGUCGAUGUACAUUGCUGUUUCAAUAAAUGAAAGGAUUUGUACAAAUUCUUCUUGUGCUGGGCCAGAUGGAAAUGCGCUUGCUGCAAGCUUAAACAACAUCAGUUUUCAGACUCCAUCUAAUAGUAUACUGCAAGCAUAUUAUGGGGGAAAUACCAGUGGAGUGUACGCAACUAAUUUCCCAGACAUACCACCUUAUUUUUAUAACUUCACGGGAGACGUAGCAAACAACACACUAUAUCCAAGCUUUGGGACGAGGGUGAGGAUGAUCAACUAUGGUGAAGGAGUUGAGAUAGUCUUCCAAGGGACCAACAUCAUUGCACCUGAGAACCAUCCAAUGCAUCUCCAUGGUUUCAGCUUCUAUUUGGUCGGAACUGGUUCUGGGAAUUUCAAUAGUACGACGUCGCCUACGACCUACAAUUUGGUUGAUCCACCAGAAGUAAACACCAUUGGAGUUCCAAAGAAUGGAUGGGCAGCCAUCAGAUUUGUAGCUGAUAAUCCUGGAGUAUGGUUUAUGCACUGUCACUUGGAAAGGCAUGCCAGCUGGGGAAUGGACACUGUGCUCAUUGUGAGGAAUGGAAAUACCAGCGAAAGCACGAUUCGUGGACCACCUGCUUAUAUGCCUCCUUGUUCCAACUCUUAAAUUUAGAAAU